AGAAUCAAAUUCAGGCAUUCAAUCAUUUGUAUUUCUUAUCAAUUUCACAUCUCGGGAAUAAAUUUGAUAUGUUUUAGGACAAUAAUUAUUUUGUCUCUGGAGUUAUUUCUAUAUUACUUAUUUCAGAUCUCAAGCAUUAAUAUUGCACAAAUUAUUGAUAGGUUUAAUACCUUGCUCAUUGUGACAUAACUACAGGUGCCUUAAACUGUGCAGUGAUGAAAUCAGGCGCCAUGUUGUCUACACAACUCUUGCUGCUCCUCCAUGUUUUGAUCCCUCAAACCAAUGCACAGGGGCGGAUGUUAGACCCACCAUCUAGAUCAUCUGCAUGGAGAGUUGGCUUCGGAGUUCCGGUCAACUAUGAUGACCAUCUGAUGAAUUGUGGUUCAGCCGAGACUCAGUGGCACAGAAACGAAGGUAAGUGUGGAAUCUGUGGAGAGUCAUGGACAGGGCAACGAUUGUAUGAAAGACCAAAUGGACCAUUGGUUCAGCAUAAUGUUAUUACAAGAAUAUACACAGAGGACAGUUUGAUCAAUGUGACUGUGGAGUCAACGGUCAACAGAAUGGGUUAUUUUGAGUUUCGAAUCUGCGACGUUGCCACUUCCGGUGGUAUUGAAGCAAGUCAGCGUUGCCUUGACAAUACACUUCUGGAAAACAUGGCUGGACAUACCAAGUUCUUCUUUCCAACAGACCGAAUAGGAAAAUUCCGCAUCAGUCUGAUUUUACCAAAAGGGAUGACCUGCUCUCACUGUGUAGUGCAGUGGAAAUGGAGAACUGGCAGUAACUGGGGCUGUGAUUCAUCUGGCUGUGGCCUUGGUCAAGGAAAUUACCAGGAAGAGUUCUACGCAUGCGCGGAUGUCACUAUUCUUCCUAAAGACUUUAGCCCAGUACCCACCAGUUCUGUUCCAAAUACGUACACAACAUCAAUACAUUCCACUGCAACAAAACGAAACGCCACAUGUCGCUGGGACCAAAUGUGGAAUUCUCAUAGUAACGUCACCAGCAUUUCAACUAACAGCAUAGAGAACAUGUUCGAGUUUCUCAAAAUGAUCCUCGGCUUGCCCAACAGCUUCGACAACGGCUACCCCAUAAGGCCCACAACCACUUCCCCUACACCAGCUAAUUGCAGUGUAUCCAAGGACGCCGUGGAUAGGUUUUGUUUUGCUUGUUACGAUAAUUGCUGUCUGGAUCUUUGUUUUGUGCUUUGUCCAACAAUCUGUCGAUUGAAUACAGAUCGCUAAGACAAACUUGGACAUGGCGUCUAGUAAAAAGAAAGGCUCCAGACAUUUUGUAAACACCUAAUAUAAGAGAGUAAUUAAACGGACGUGUUCAUA